AUGAAGUUUGUUGCAGUGUCUGCUCUGUGCCUGUGGGGGGUGCUGUGCCUCUGUGCCAGUGUGAAGGCCAUGGGGACUUUUGAGCUGAUGCGAGAUGCAGCAGUGGGCUGGACUGGUGCCCUGCCCUGUGGGACGUGGGACUGUGAGUGUGCUUUCAACAGCCAGCGGGGCUGCUGCUGUGUGGCCAAUGAGAUGAGUAUGCUGGAGGACCACACCUUCAUGCGCAUGGUGGACAUGUGGGAGCAGCUCACCCGAUUGGACAACGACAUCAAGGAAGUCACAGGCAACAAUAAGAUUGCGUUCACCGCGGCGAUGAGAUCUAGAAGCGACUGCUUCGGGCCCUUCACUAGCAACGUGCCAAUCCGCUACUACGCCAUCUCUCUCAACCAGGGCAAUGGAUACAAUGACGCUCUGGGUACCUUCACCUCCCCCCGCGCUGGCCUCUACUCCUUCUCCUUCACGGCCUACUCCAACGUGGGCGUGGACGGCGAGCGUCUUUACCACAAGGUGCAGCUAAUAAAGAACAACGAGGUGGUGGCCUCUGUGUGGGAGGACAACCGGGAGGACACGGAGGACAGCGCCACCCAUUCGGUGCUGGUGUCUCUGCGCCAGGGCGACCAGGUGUACGUGGAGCUGCUCUCCGGCAGGAGUCUGUGUGGCAACACCAAGGAGUACAACAGGUUCAGCGGAUACCUGGUCUACCCCUUCACACAGGAGUAG